GGCACCACAUUUCCUUUGAUGUAUGUCUUCUUAGAAAGAGGCUAUACUAGGGUUUUUGGUACUGUAUAAUCAAUUACAGUAAAUCCCAAUUGAGCUUAGCUGAAUCCUUGGGUUUGUAAUCUUCAAUGGCUGGAGGUGUUUCUGAUAAAACUAGCUCAAAAGGCGUUCGUAUCGUCGUCGCCGGUGAUAAAGGCACCGGUAAAUCUAGUUUGAUUGUCACCGCCGUUGCUGAUACAUUUCCGGCCAAUGUCCCCCCGGUGUUGCCGCCCACCAGUUUGCCUGUCGAUAUCUACCCUGAGAAAGUUCCUGUUACUAUUAUCGAUACUGCUUCCCGUGCAGAGACUAGAGGCAAGCUCGCAGAAGAGUUGAAGAAAGCUGAUGCUGUGGUGUUAACUUAUGCUUGUGAUAAGCCUUCGACUCUUGAUCGCAUCAGUACUUUCUGGCUUCCUGAAUUACGACGCUUAGAGGUAAGGGUGCCAGUUAUAGUAGUAGGUUGUAAGCUGGAUUUACGGGAUGAACAACAUGCUGUUAGUCUAGAACAGGUGAUGUCCCCCAUUAUGCAACAGUUUCGGGAGAUCGAGACUUGCAUUGAAUGUUCUGCACUGAACCAUAUUCAGAUUCCUGAGGUUUUCUACUAUUCUCAGAAAGCAGUGCUUCAUCCAACAGCUCCAUUAUUUGAUCAGGAAGCACAAACAUUGAAACCUCGAUGCAUUAGGGCUUUAAAAAGAAUUUUUAUUAUAUGUGACCAGGACAAAGAUGGUGCUCUUAGUGACGCAGAGCUGAAUGAUUUUCAGGUCAAGUGUUUUAAUGCUCCUUUGCAACCUUCUGAAAUAGUUGGUGUCAAGAGGGUUGUGCAAGAAAAAUUGCCAGAAGGCGUCAAUGAUCAUGGUCUUACUUUGACAGGCUUUCUCUUUCUCCAUGCACUAUUCAUAGAGAAGGGCCGGUUAGAGACAACAUGGACUGUCCUUAGGAAAUUUGGUUACAAUAAUGACAUCAGACUUGAUGCAGAUCAACUUCCACCUCCAAUAAAAAAGAUUCCUGAUCAGACUGUGGAGCUGACAGAUGAAGCUAUUGAUUUUCUCAAAGAGACCUUUGCCACAUAUGACACUGAUAGUGAUGGGUCUCUUCGCACUGUUGAGCUUGAGGAUAUUUUUUCUACUGCUCCUGAAAGUCCUUGGAGUGAAGCUCCAUACGAAGAUGCUGUGGAGAGGACUGCUUUGGGAGGGCUUUCACUUGAUGGGUUUUUAUCCGAGUGGGCCCUUAUGACAGUUCGGGACCCUAUUUAUAGUGUGGAGAACCUUAUAUAUAUUGGCUAUGCUGGCGAUCCUUCUUCUGCCAUCCGUGUCACUAGACGAAGACGUAUAGAUCGCAAAAAGAAGCAGUCGGACAGAAAUGUUUUCCAGUGCUUUGUCUUUGGUCCAAAAGAAGCCGGAAAGUCUGCAUUAUUGAAUUCUCUUAUUGGAAGGCCAUUCUCUGAUGGCUAUGUUCCGACAACAGAGGAACAUUUUGCAGUUAAUACAGUAGACCAACCUGCGGGAAAGAAAACUCUUAUUAUGCGAGAAAUUCCUGAAGAGUUAGUCGGGCAACUGCUUUCUACCAAAGAUGCCUUGGCUGCCUGUGAUAUAGCUGUUUUUGUUUAUGACAGUUCUUAUGAGCAAUCAUGGAGGAGGACAACUGAAUUGCUUAUAAAAGUAGCCAGUCAUGGAGAAACUACUGGUUAUGAGGUGCCAUGCCUGAUAGUUGCCGCUAAAGAUGAUCUGGAGCCCCAUAUGGACGCACUGCAAGAUUCAACUAGGGUCAGUCAGAAUAUGGGGAUCGAUGCACCUAUACCAAUCAGCACAAAGUUGGGUGAUUAUAAUAAUGUAUUCAGAAGAAUCACUGCUGCCGCAGAGCACCCUCAUCUAAGCAUUCCUGAAACUGAUGCUGGCAAGAGCCGCAAGCAGUACCAUCGGAUUAUUAAUCGCUCCCUUGUGUUUGUAUCAGUUGGAGCUGCAGUAACCCUUGCUGGGUUGGCUGCGUACCGCAUAUAUGCUGCAAGGAAAAACUCAAGUUAAAGAUGACAUAAUUUAUCUCUGCAUCUUGCCUAAAGAAAUGUGAUGAAGUAUGGGGCUUCAGCUUCAGUGUUAUCAUGCUUUCAUGUACUCCUUUUCUUGUCGGAGUAAAAACCAUAGAUGUAGCUUUCUUCUUUUUCGUCAAGUGUAUGCAUCUAAUGGCCUAAUGCGAGUCUGUAAUAUUUAUAGCUAUUUUUACCCUGCAAAGUUAAUGAAAUUGCUUUGGGCGGAAGGGUCA